UUCUAGUGUGAUAAUAAAAGACGGAACCACUUUCUAAAUUUAAAACGCUGCUGCCUUUGUCAAAUCUCCUUGAGACUAAGAGACGAGACAAUUUGAUUCGUUUAUUAAAAGCCUGCUCCGCUCUGUUUUCUUUUAUUAAAACAUUCAGCAAUUGCGAACUUGAUUUUGAGGCAAAGAAGGAAAAAGCCUACUCCGCUCUCUUUUACGGGAAAACGAGGAAACUGAGAUCUUAAGCUUAUUAUUUAAUGGACACGGGAGGGAAUUCAUUACCUUCAGGGGCUGAUGGGGUGAAGAGGAAGGUAUGCUAUUUCUAUGACCCGGAGGUGGGGAAUUACUAUUAUGGGCAAGGUCACCCUAUGAAGCCUCACCGAAUUCGAAUGACCCAUGCCCUUCUAGCACACUAUGGGUUGCUUCAGCACAUGCAGGUUCACAAGCCCUUCCCUGCCAGAGAUAGGGAUCUUUGCCGCUUCCACGCUGAUGACUACGUGAACUUCCUCCGCAGCAUAACCCCUGAAACGCAACAGGAUCAGCUCAGGCAGCUCAAGCGCUUCAAUGUUGGUGAAGAUUGUCCUGUCUUUGAUGGCCUUUACUCCUUCUGUCAAACAUAUGCCGGUGGAUCUGUUGGUGGUGCUGUCAAAUUAAAUCAUGGUCUCUGCGACAUUGCCAUUAAUUGGGCUGGUGGGCUGCAUCAUGCAAAGAAGUGUGAGGCUUCGGGGUUUUGCUAUGUCAAUGAUAUUGUCCUUGCAAUAUUGGAACUACUUAAGCUGCAUCAGCGUGUUCUAUAUGUUGAUAUUGAUAUCCACCAUGGAGAUGGUGUGGAGGAGGCAUUUUAUACAACUGACAGGGUCAUGACUGUUUCAUUCCAUAAAUUUGGAGAUUAUUUUCCGGGUACAGGGGAUAUACGUGAUAUUGGAUAUUCAAAAGGGAAAUAUUAUUCCCUUAAUGUUCCUUUGGAUGAUGGUAUUGAUGAUGAGAGUUACCAUUACUUGUUUAAGCCAAUUAUUGGUAAAGUUAUGGAAGUUUUUAAGCCUGGUGCUGUGGUCCUUCAAUGUGGUGCUGACUCCCUAUCUGGAGAUAGGUUGGGAUGUUUUAAUCUUUCAAUCAAGGGUCACGCAGAGUGUGUUAAAUUUAUGAGAUCAUUCAACGUUCCGUUGUUGCUACUAGGUGGUGGUGGUUAUACCAUUCGGAAUGUUGCUCGCUGUUGGUGCUAUGAGACAGGGGUUGCACUUGGAAUGGAAGUUGAUGACAAGAUGCCUCAACAUGAGUAUUAUGAAUAUUUUGGUCCAGACUAUACUCUUCAUGUUGCCCCUAGUAACAUGGAAAACAAGAAUUCACGGACAUUACUUGAAGAUACACGUAAUCAGCUACUUGACAAUCUCUCAAAGCUUCAGCACGCACCAAGUGUCCCAUUUCAAGAAAGACCACCUGACAUUGAGCUUCCUGAGGCCGAUGAAGAUCAGGAUGAUGGAGAUGAGAGAUGGGACCCAGAUUCAGACAUGGAGGUUGAUGAGGAGCGUAAACCGAUCCCAAGCAGAGUAAAGAGAGAAGCAGUCGAACCCGAGACAAAAGAUCCGGAGGCUCAAAAAGGAACUGCUGAGCAAGCUAGAGGCUUUGACGCUGCAACAGAUGAGACUGUAAGUACAAAGGCUGUAGAUGUCAGUCCUAUGCCUAUUGAUGAACCAACUAUGAAAGUUGAGCAAGAAACAUUGAACAAAGCAGCUGAUCCGAUGUACCCAAAGUCCUAAGCAAAAAUCUCUAAAAUAGAUACUGGAUGUUUAUCUCUGAAUUCAGAUCUAAAAUUGUGCAUUAGCAUUUUGUCAAACAUUAUAGGCCCCUAUGUUUAUUGAGUUUAAGUUUGUACAAGUCAUGAAAACCUGAACGGAUUUUGCUUUACAUUGUAGCUUCUUCAAGUUUGAACUUGAAGCUCAAAACAGUGUAAGAUUAUUAGUAGCAGUUUAUAUAGCCAAGAAAUUUUUCUAGCA